GUCGACAACCGCAACUCAGCUCAACUUUCUGUCGACGACCUGUACAAAUCUUGUUCCUCUCACAACUGCCAUUUCUUCUCGUUUGCUCUUGUGCAUUUCAUUCAUUCUUAGUCAUUCCUUGGAUACCAUACCAUUCAACGCCUUUGUCUUUCGCUUGAUCCGUCUUUUACCACCUCCAGUCUAGCAGCUUCAGCCUCAAAAGUAUCCUUCCGUCCAGACUACCUUUCCCAAGCUCCAAUAUGCAACUACAUUCGAUAUUCACAACCGCGAUUGCUCUGGCACCGCUGGCGGUGUCCGCUGCCGGCACUCUCGGAUUCGCCGUUGGUAAUGUGGACGUUGAUAACAAAUGCAAGACUCAGCAAGAGUACGAAGACGACUUUGCCGCCAUCAAACAGAAUUCCCAUGCCGAGAUCAUCAGGACAUAUUCGUCCAGUGACAUGUUUGGGAACCCUUGUGACACCCCUUCCAUUGUUCUACCCGCUGCAAAAGCCGCCGGUGUCAAAGUUCUCUUGGGCUUGUGGCCGGACGGUGGUGCGUGGCAGAGAGAAAAGGCCGCUCUGGACGCUGCAGACCCGGAAUCUUUUGGCGACACCCUGUAUGGAAUAACAGUUGGGUCUGAAGGAAUAUAUCGUGGAACCUACACCGAGGACGAACUGGUCGGCUGGCUGCAAGAAACCAAAAGAGACUACCCCAAUACCCUGGUUGGAACCGCCGACAGUUGGAAUUUGUGGGCCAAUGGUUCCAUGGACGCUGUCAUUCGCAGCGGCAUUGAUCUCGCACUUGCCAACGGAUUCGCCUACUGGCAAUACCAAGACAUCAAGAAUGCAACCAAGACCUUUUUCGAGGACAUGGCACUGGCCCUGGCCCGUGUACAGGACAUUACUGGCAGUCUCGACAGCAUUCAUUUUAUGAACGGAGAAACUGGCUGGCCCGGCACAGGAGGCACCAACGCAGGAGCAGCCAUUGCAAGCGACGAGAACAUGGAGACAUAUUGGAACUCUGCCGUGUGCGGUCUCCUCGAAUGGGGCAUUGAUAUCUUCUGGUUUGCAGCAUUCGAUGAACCCAACAAGCCUGAUGCCAUCGGAGACAAUGACCAGGUUGCCAGCGAGAGGCAUUGGGGUUCAUUCACGGCGGACAGAAAGCCAAAGUUCAGUAUGAACUGUUGAUUUGAUUGAUUUGUUCCUGUCGUUCAGAUGAAAGAUUUGGGCCCAUGGCUAUUGCUCCACAUCAUAGCUAAUUAACACACUGGUCAUGCAUCAAUCCAAGUUCGAUCGGUCAUUCGGCGUUGCAUUUGGCACAGAUUUAAUAGAGUGGACCAAACAAAAAAUCAAAUCAAAGCGGCCCAGCUUUGCAACUGAGCCAUGGACAAAAAACACGUGUGGGAAUCUUCAAAUUUCCAAGAAUAUUUGACAAGGUCAAUGAUUAUCUGCAGUCAACUGGCUUGCUAAUAUAUUCAUGCUAUCUCCACUGUUGGAGACAUGUUCGUUCUACCAAUGGACCAAUAUUCAUAUGCCACAUGGUGCCACGAUCCAAGGAGGCCAUUCAAAUCAUGAGCAGGCUUGCCCACAUUUCGCGGUUGGCACAAGGGCGUAUCCCAAAGACAGUUUCUGCCCAAAACCCACAAGACGCCGGGUAUAUUCAAUACAG